AUGAGCUGGUGGUGGCGGCAGAAGCCCACAUCAAGCAGUGAUGCUGGCAGAGAGGGUGCUUUGUCCAGCCCUGAGACACAGGACGAGCUCAAGCCUGUCUCUGCUGUUCCAGUUCCAGACCCUGUCAAGCGCACCCUCACCCGAGAUGAGCAAAGUGAGCAGGAAUUGAUGGAGUUCUUGAGGGAGAUCCAAGCGCAAGCAGAUGCAGAACAAGCUCAGAGAACGAAAUCCAAACCGUUGGCAUCUCCGUCACCCCAAGCACCGAGUCAAACGGACAUCUCUCCCAAUUCCCUCUAUCCAACCGAGCUCUCGUGCAGAUCUGCCUUCGACUAUGCCAUGUUCUGCCAGAGCUUUGGAGGCCAGUUUGUCAACGUCUAUCGCUAUGGUUCCUUCCGCUCAUGCUCCAACCAUUGGGACGAUUUUUGGCUUUGCAUGAAGACGCGAAACUGGAAAAAGGAGGACCGUGAGAGGGCCAUACAGGAGCAUUAUCGAAAGAAAGCAGUAAAAUGGAAACCCGGGCCAAGCAGUGAAGAUGUGUGGGAGGUCCGACAGGAGCCAGUCAAGGAGCCUUUCUCCGGCAAUUUGGCAGAACUUGAAGCUCAAAUGGCUGAGUACAAGAAGAACAACCUAGCUGUGCCAGAACUUUGGACGCCGACAAAAUGA